GCCAGAGGGGCGGAGCGUGGGCUUGGAUUGGCUCCGUUGGAGACGGCGACGUGGCUGAAGAAGGCCGGUUUGUUUCUGAAUUGAGGCUCAAGCACUCCGGCUCAGGAUUGGUGCUGGGCUGGGCCCGGGUCUUUGGCCGGAAGCGGAAGUGGAGAAAGGAUGCAGGACCAUCAGCACGUGCCAAUCGACAUCCAGACCAGCAAGCUGCUCGAUUGGCUGGUGGACAGAAGACACUGUAACCUAAAAUGGCAAAGCCUGGUGCUGACCAUCCGGGAAAAGAUCAACACCGCCAUCCAGGACAUGCCAGAGAGCCAGGAGAUUGCCCAGCUGCUCUCUGGAUCCUACAUUCAUUACUUUCACUGCCUAAGAAUAGUGGACCUCCUUAAAGGCACCGAGGCGUCCACCAAAAAUAUUUUCGGCCGGUACUCUUCACAGCGGAUGAAGGAUUGGCAGGAGAUCAUAAGUCUGUACGAGAAGGACAACACGUAUUUAGUGGAACUCUCUAGCCUCCUGGUUCGGAAUGUCAACUAUGAGAUCCCCUCGCUGAAGAAGCAGAUUGCCAAGUGCCAACAACUGCAGCAAGAAUACAGCCGCAAGGAGGAGGAGGGCCAGGCUGGGGCUGCUGAGAUGCGCGAGCAGUUCUACCACUCCUGCAAGCAGUACGGCAUCACGGGAGACAAUGUCCGAAGAGAGCUGCUGGCCCUGGUGAAGGACCUGCCAAGUCAGCUGGCUGAGAUAGGAGUGGGAGCUCAGUCCCUGGGGGAAGCCAUCGACCUGUAUCAGGCCUGUGUAGAGUUUGUGUGUGACAGCCCCACAGAACAGGUGCUGCCCAUGCUGCGGUAUGUGCAGAAGAAGGGGAACUCAACGGUGUAUGAAUGGAGGACGGGGACAGAGCCCUCUGUGGUGGAGCGGCCACAACUGGAGGAACCUCCCGAGCAGGUGCAAGAAGAUGAGAUCGACUGGGGUGACUUUGGGGUGGAGGCUGUUUCCGACUCUGGCAUCUCUGCUGAGACUUCUGGAAUAGACUGGGGUAUCUCCGUGGAGUCAGAGUCCAAGGUUGCUGGGGCUGACAGGAUCGACUGGGGCGACGAUGCUGCUGCUUCGGAGAUCACUGUGCUGGAGACAGGAACCGAGGCUCCAGAAGGUGUUGCCAGGGGCUCAGACGCUCUGACUCUUCUCGAAUACCCUGAGACUCGGAAUCAGUUCAUUGAUGAGCUCAUGGAGCUUGAGAUCUUCUUGUCUCAGAGAGCAGUAGAGAUGAGUGAGGAGGCCGACAUCCUGUCCGUGAGCCAGUUCCAGCUGGCUCCUGCCAUCCUUCAGGGCCAGACCAAAGAGAAGAUGCUCAGCCUGGUGUCCACACUACAGGAACUGAUCGGCCGGCUCACCAGUCUCCGAAUGCAGCACCUGUUUAUGAUUCUGGCCUCACCAAGGUAUGUGGACCGCGUGACAGAGUUCCUCCAGCAGAAGCUCAAGCAGUCACAGCUGUUGGCUUUGAAGAAGGAACUGAUGGUGGAGAAGCAACAGGAGGCGCUUCAGGAGCAGGCAGCUCUGGAGCCCAAGCUGGACCUGCUGCUGGAGAAGACCAGAGAGCUGCAGAAGCUGAUUGAAGCUGACAUUUCCAAGAGGUACAGUGGCCGACCUGUGAACCUGAUGGGAACCUCUCUGUGAUGCGUCCCUCUGUGUCCUCCAGUUGGCGGUGGGACAGCCCAGGCUGAUGCCACUGGGCCGCACCAGCAAAAAGCCAGGUGGACCUGGAGACAGAGCCACGAGGAAGGGUUGCCUUGAGUGGCUCUGUGGCCUGUCAGCCUUAAGGCACAGCUGCUGCUUCCAGUUAUCAAGUGAGGCUCAAUAAAAAGGAAAUGACUCCCUUCA